CCUCCUCAUCAAUCGACGAGAGGGGCCACGAUCGUCGAUCUCAGCAUCACAGACAGCUCAACGCCACCAGCCGCUCCUCCUUUUCCUUUGCUACCCCUCUCCUCAUGCCCUCAUAGCCCGGACCACAUCAGACCUUUCUACCUGCAUCUGAAUCCUCCGUCGGUUGGCCAUCUUUCCGACGUAGAGGCACAGAGAGAAAGCGCAGCAGAGACGCCGCCACUGAGGAGUGCGAGAAAGAAAAGAAGUGCGAUUCUAAGGUAUCAUGAGCACCGAUCAGAGAUCUUCCAAGUCGACGUCUAAGAGGAGCUCGAGCGUCAGCAGCAGCAGCGGCGGCGGCGGCGCCACCAGCAGCAGCACCAAGAAGUCGCCCCUUCCCGCAGCACAGCAAUCUGCUCGACCGCCAACACAUCUCCCGGCGUCGCCCGUUGUGUCACAACCUCAGUCCGCGGCUCUGACGAGUAGUCAAAUGCUCAAUACCCCGCUGGCAUCUGGCCCAAACGUAUCAAGGGCUUCGCCUGCGCGCAGAGAGUCCUUUGACGAGAGAGGGGCAGGACAAGCAGCCGCCUCAUCUUCAUCUUCUUCAUCCCGCCGAUCCACAAUGGGUGGCAGCAUCGCGACCUCGCCCCCAUCACAACCAGCAUUCGUGGCCGCUCGUCCGAUGCACGACCACAGCACCUACGACUCUAGCAUAUAUGCAUACCAACCUCAUCACCACCAGCAUACGGCCGCCGCAGCCGCUGCUGCUGCCGCUGCUCAGCUUCAGGCUGCCGCCACCACGCUGGGCGUCCCUUCAUCCAGUACUUCACCCACUCAGAGCUUCGUUCCGUCGCCUAAUGCUAUGCCUUACUCUCCUGCCGCAUUCAAUGGCAACUCCUCCAACACCACUACCAAUCUCACGACGACGGGCGGCGAAUGGACUCAACCGGGGCCGAUUGACGGGCGGACCCAUGUCGACGAGGGAGCAACAGGCGGCGGUGCCAGCGGCAACGGCAGCGGCGGCAGUGGUGUCCCGGUCCUCUCGGCUCCAUAUCCUGGUCGGGCAGCUUCACUGCCUGGUAGUAUUCACUACGCUCAGUCUGGGAGAUCGAGGUCGGCCAUGCCUGCGUCCUCGACGACCGGUGCGGGCGCGACUGGUAGAGAAGGUGGAACUCAAGGGUAUGGCAACAGCGGCGCUUCAUCCUCAUCUACGAGACUGAGGGACAAUCCGCAGCUGCGCGCUCAAAUUGCUCAGCAGGUUGCCAAUGGCACCUUGCCACCCUCGAUGCUCUCCCACCAUAACCAAGCGCAGCAUCAUCAGCAUGGCCAUCACCAACAGCAGCAGCAACAGCAGCCUGCCAUCUCAUACGAGCGCUACACGGCCGAGCUCACCAACUGCAUCAUCGCCUUUUUGAGCCCGAUGCUACCCACCGAGGAGGAGUAUCGUAUGAAGGAAGCAACGAGACGGCAACUGGAGAGAUUGACAGGGAAGGUCAGCCCAGGGGCGAAGCUACUCGCAUUCGGGAGCAUGGCGAAUGGCUUCGCGCUGCGGAAUUCAGACAUGGAUUUGUGCUGCCUCAUCGCGGGCAAAGAUUCCAGCGAGGCCGCUCAAGAAGCACGACAAGCGUUGUCAGCUUCUGAGCUCGUGGAACGCCUUGCCGAAGUCAUACGCUCAGAGACAGACUACAAGGUCUUGCCCCUCCCCAAAGCCCGCAUCCCCAUCAUCAAGCUCUCUCGCGCCUCAAGCAGUGAGUUCCCCUACGAGAUUUCGUGCGACAUUGGCUUUGAGAACCGGCUCGCGCUGGAGAAUACGCGCCUACUCCUCAGCUACGCCAUGGUCGAUCCGCCGCGAUUGCGCACGCUCGUCCUCUUCCUCAAGGUCUGGACUAAGCGUCGCAAGCUCAACACCCCCUUCAUGGGCACCCUUUCCUCGUACGGAUACACGCUCCUUGUCCUUUUCUUCCUGUGCCACGUCAAAAGGCCAGCCAUUCUACCGAAUCUGCAGCGCAUUCCGCCCACUAAGCCGCUCAGCACGGAGGAGGUGGAACUCAACGGCCACAACAUCUACUUCUACGACGAUAUGGCUACGCUGAGGAAGGAGUGGCAGAGUCAGAGCAACGAGAAUGUGGCGGAGCUGCUCAUCGACUUCUUCAGAUACUUUGCCAAGGAAUUCGUGUACUCGCGCGAUGUGAUCAGUUUGAGGACGGAGGGUGGGCUCAUCCCGAAGGAUGGAGGCGUGUGGAGCGCAGAGCUCUGCAUCGAAGACCCCUUCCAACUAGGCUACAACGUCUCUCGUACAGUCACAAAGGAUGGCCUCUACACGAUCCGCGGCGAGUUCAUGCGUGCGACUCGCAUUCUGCAAAAUCGCGGCCAACGAGUUUCCACGCAAUUGGCCGAACUCUGCGAGGAGCGUGAAGACGUGGUAGCGCGCGCACCCGACACCCCGCCCACGCGCCAUCGAUACAUGCCCAACGGCAAUCACCCGCCCUACUACGUCGACGCGAGGACGAUGCGUGAGCUCUACUAUGAUUCCUUGCCACCUAGGCGGACAAGUCAUCAUGUGCAGCCCAGUGGUCAUGGGGGCAGCUUCGCGUUUGAGGAGAUGGCGAGGGGUUUGGGCCGACAGAGAAGCCAGAUGGCUUACCCGAGUCAGGCCAUGCUUGCGCCACUGUCACAACAGGGUGGUCUGAGCCCGAAGCCCAUUCACAAAGGUCAGGAUGCUACGGCGGCGAUGCAAGCACUAGCCGCUGGCGGGGCGGUGCCGAACUCAGCCUCAUCCACAAAGGGUGCUUCCUCGCUGCGACACCAGCAGAGCUUGGGGUCUGCAUCCAGUGAGGCUGAAGAGGAAGGUGAGGAGCAAGGUUCGGUGAAAGGCGGCCAGACACGUCAGGCGAGCGGCAGCUCUGCAGGCGCAUCAAGACGAGGGUCCACUGUGCCUUCGUCUGGCUCUGUGGGUGGCAGCGACGAUGGCGAGUCAAGCACGAGUACGGGCACAACAGCGACUGGCGCGGGCAUCGAGGCUCAGCAGCCUACGCAACGAGCUGGUGGCGAGGCGGAAAAGGCUGCAAGCAAGAAGAGCUCGUCCUCCGGCAAAGAAGAGGCAGCUCGCCGAGUUUCGCCGCAGACGACCACGCAGCCUCCUCUCUCACCUCCCGCCCCUCAACACAAGCGUCGUUCCUCCUCGCCCUCCAAGAGGCGUACCGCUGGGAAUCCACCGCACGGCCAACCCCUGCCUCAACACGCCUCGGCCCGCACAUCCCCCAAUCUCCAUCCCACGGUCCCACCGCGCUCCGUCGUGCCGGGUAGCGAGGACGGGGACGGCGAGGAACGGGCUAACGACGACGUUGGGGAAGCGUGGGCCUUUGGAUCCGAGAUCGUCUUCGGAAGCGAGCGCUUCCGGCUUCAUCCCCACCCGCAUCAUCAUGGGCAUCGCAGGCAAACAUCUGCAGGGCAGCAGAGCAGUCCGGCCAAGGCGGAGACGUCGGGGAUUGCACAGCAACAGACGCCUCGCAAUGCUACGAUUGACGCUCCACAGCGCGUCUCUCCUCAACCUACAGCUCCAAGUGCACUCAGCCCCACCUCACCCUCCGCCACGAGCCCAUCAGCCACGGCAGCUCAAAAGCGAGCCUCACGCUCCUUCUCUGACGGGGCGAAUCGCUCCAAGUCUCUUCCACCGCGACGUACUCUGGGGCCGACGCCCGCGCCUGCUUUGCGCGAUGUAGAUGACGACGACGAUGAGGGGAUCCCGACGGAGAGCCUAGCCAGCGCGAGCAUCGAUGACUAUCGAAGCGUCAGUGGGGCUUCUGGUUCCUCCAUCGCCGAGGUCGACGAAGACGAGGGCGAUGCGCUGGCGCAGGGCAAGCAAGCCAGUCAGCAGCGGCCAGAAGGCGACACAGCCGAUGAGCAAGAGGAGCCGCCCGUGGCCGAGUAUACGGCUGAGUGGGCUCAGAAGCAAUUUAGACAGGAGCAGCGCGAGAGGGAGGUGACCGCGCGUGCGAACGGGGAUGAGGGAGAUAAUGAAGAGGGCGAUGACACGAUCGUUCAAUCACGGCCGCACCUGAAUGGUAAAGCGGCUCGUCGCGGCGACGAUGAGAAAGAGGACGACGAUGAGGAAGAAUAGGAGGGAGAGGUGGACACAGCCUAAAUGAGAAGCAGCAAGACUGCGCCAUCUCGCCCACUCAUCUACACUCUGUACUGCUAGUCCACGUCUACACAAGCGCUGCCUACUCAUAGCGAUUCCUCUGCCAAAGCACCUCCCUCUAUUAUCGAAAUUGCCAUCUCCUUCCCGCUC